AUGCCGGUGCCCCCCGCCCCCUCCGCGCGCUCGGACGCCGUCUUCGCGCCGGGCCUCAUGCAGGGCAAGGUGCUCUUCGUCUCGGGCGGCGGCAGCGGCAUCGGCCUCGGCAUCUGCCUGGCCUUCGCGCGCCUGGGCGCGCGCGUGGCCAUCUGCGGGAGGACGGAGGCGAAGCUGCAGGAGGCCUCGGAGGCGAUCCGGCGCGCGGGCGCGCCCGAGGCGAUGUUCGUGCGGGCCGACGUGCGAGACCCCGAGGCCAUGAAGGCGGCGGCCGACGCGGUGGGCCAGAGGUGGGGCAAGAUCGACGUCUUCGUGAGCAACGCCGCGGGGAACUUCAUGUCCCUGGCGGAGGACAUGACCCCGAAGGCCUUCGCGACCGUGCUGGACAUCGACCUCCGCGGCACCUUCCAUGGAGCCCAGGCCGCCCUCCCGUGGCUGCGCCGGGCCUCGGCGGACGGCUCGGGCGCCAUCAUGAUCUCCACCUCCGCGACGCUGCAGUACAAGGCCAUGCCCUUCCAGGGGCACGCCGCGGCCGCGAAGGCGGGCAUCGACUCCCUGACGAAGACGCUGGCCGCGGAGUGGUCCCACGACGGCAUCCGCGUGGUCUCCAUCGCGCCCGGCCCCAUCGAGAACACGGAGGGCGGCCCCACGGGCCGCGUCUUCGGGGCGCUGGCGGGCAGGCAGGACGUCCGGAGGGUGUGCCCGCUGGGGCGCUACGGCACCACGGACGACAUCGCCAACACCGCGGUGUUCCUCGCCUCCGCCGGCGGGAACUACAUCACGGGCACGAACGUCGUGGUCGACGGGCUGAACUGGCAGGCCAGCGGGGCCGCCGACGCCCUGGCCGUGAAGGACAAGAUCCGGGCGGCCAUGCAGCAGCAGCGCGACUCGCGCGCGAGGGGCUCCGGCUCCAAGGGGCACGAGGCCGACAAGCAGUCCCGGCUCUGA